AAUUAAAGUAGCAGAAAAACCACUCUCCACUUUCUCCUCUAAUCUAAUCUACUCACUCCUCUCCUUCCCCUCCAUUUCCAUUCUCCUUCAACAUUUCUCAUCUUUCUCCAUCUCCAAAGCAAAACAGAAACCAGACCCAUCAAUGGAACCCUCCCCAAACCACCAAGAAAGUCCAAUCCCAACUCUCCUCCCAUCCCCAAAAAUUCAAAGUCCCAAUAGCAGUAGUAGCAGCACCAGCAGCACCACCACCAACACCAUAAAUCCACCGCCUCCUCCACCCUUACAACCCAAGCCCAUCACCAGAUCCGAACCUGCCAAUCCUUACCCGACAACCUUUGUCCAAGCUGACACCUCCUCCUUCAAGCAAGUUGUCCAGAUGCUCACCGGAUCCUCGGAGACUGCCAAACUUGCCUCCUCCACCAAACCCGCCAACCCCUCCCAACCUGAACCGAACCCCAAAACACAUAAUAUUCCCCCUAUUAAGUCCAUACCCAACAAGAACAGGCAGCAAUCUGGGUUCAAGCUUUAUGAACGGAGGAAUUCCCUCAAGAAUCUCAAGAUCAACCCGCUUAACCCAGUGUUUGCUCAAAAUAAUUCUGGGUUUUCGCCUCGAAAACCCGAGAUCCUUUCUCCGAGCAUUCUUGACUUCCCUUCUCUUGUUCUCAGCCCUGUUACUCCCCUGAUACCCGACCCGUUUGACCGAUCUGGACCCACGAAUUACGGCAAUUGCUUCAACAACAAUGCAACGCUCAACUCCGAAGUUGAAGAGAAAGCUAUAAAGGAGAAGGGUUUUUACUUGCAUCCGUCACCGUCCACCACGCCGCGAGAUUCAGAACCCAGGUUGCUUCCCCUGUUUCCAACUACCUCCCCCAGAGUUUCAGGUUCUUCGGCUUCUUCUUCUUGAAUUAAUAUUUUUUUAAGUUUUUUUUUUUCUCUUCUCUUAAGCUUUUUACAUACUGUUGGCGUUGAAGAUGAGAACCAAACCAUUAUGUGAAGAAGGAGAAAGAAAUAUGUAAUGCUGGAAAUUUGCAGAAGAAUGACAUAAAUCUUUCCUUCAAUUAUAAAAUUUGAUAUUUGUUGUCUUCAUUUCUCCUCUGUUUGGAUGCUUGGAAAGCUGAAUAGGAAAGACCUAACAGAAAAUCGGAUUUUCUCUUCUUAAAUUAUGGUUGUAAUUUACAGUAUGCUUUUUCCGGGUAGUAAUGAAUUUUCAUGAUGGAGAUCACCAAAAAUUGUAGGGGGGAAGACUGGUAGUCAUUGAAUUUACAUCCAAUUGUGAAUUGAGAUGUUCUAUUUUUUGUACCAUAAAUGCAAGGAAUCUAA